UCAAUUGAAAUAACAAAAUCAACAAAUUGAAAGAAUCCCUCUUCUUAUCGCAAAAUUCCCAAAUUCAAACCCUAAUCUAAAUCGACAUCAUCGUCAAAUGGCGUCUCCCACCCGAUCUCUUUCCUACAAAAAUGUUAUCGCCAAAUGGUGUGAGUUCAGGAAGGAGGAGAUCAGAGGAGACCCGGGCGUUGUCUCUGGAUCCACCACGGCGGCACGGUGGAAUGACGGUUGUUUCUUCCUCCAACAGGGGCCGCCGUCGGGAGAGAAAAAGGGACAAAAUAGGUCAUCUGACGCCGCAGACGGUGGGACCAAAACGGAGGCAAGGUCGGGGCCCGAGGGAGAGAGGAAGCCGUCUCUGGCAGCAAUUACAUAACCGACGGCGUCGCUCGGAGAUUGUGGAUUGCUGGUGGCGGAGGUGGAAGUGGUGGACGAGGAGUCAUUGGGGUUGCAGCUGCUGGAGAAUGAUUUGGAGCGGUGGAGCUAGAGGGCGAGGCGCUCGCAGAGGUAGGCGUCGCAGAACCUGGUGAUUCCAUUUGUGGGGUGAUGGCGGCGUUGUGGCGGAGCAAGACUCAUGGUUGCAGGGCUUGGAUUUGGGGAAGAUGAUAGCGGUGCGACAAUGAAGAGUUUGGGCCUUUGAGGGUUUGGGAGAAUAAUAGAGAUUCAUUUAAUUUGUUAAUUUUUUUUUAAUUUCAAUUGAAUUACAAAAACUAAAAUUCUUAUUAUAUAAUGACGUGGCACCCAUGCAUAAGCCACAUCAGCAUUUUUUGCUGAGUCACGCUAACGGAAGAAGUGUUUGACAGUCAAUAUUAACAGUCAAAGAAAAUUUCGGGCCAAAUCUGUCCAUUAAUUUGAAAAGUUGGCCAUAACUGUCUUAUUGAAAAAUUCGGGCCAAAAUUGUCACUGUGGCCAAACUUCGGGCCAAAUUAGGGUAUUAAGCCAAUUUGGAAUGAAGUAAUCCUUGUGUUUCAAAAAACUCUUUUAUUUCAUUCUUCACAAAUUGAGAGGUUCCGUCAUAUUGAAGGACAGAUCUUAACUUAUAUAAGUGAAUCACUUGUGUUUUUGAUAAUUUAUAAAAUACAUAUGCUCGGGACAAGGGAACUACAUCACAAAAAGGGUGGAUCAAUUCGAUGUUCAAUUUCGGGUUAGAAUACAAGUGUAGGCUAAGUAAAUCGAUGGAUAGUCUUGGUCCUCUUGAAAAUACCGGUGGAAGUCAAAACCGAAUUUUAAAUGAUACAUAUAAAAACAUCUAUAGUUUGAGUUAUGGUGACAGUUCUAGUUACAGUAAUGUUGAUCAUUUAAUCAGGGUAAAUACCAUUCGGGAUUUCGGCGCAGACGACACUUUUUUAGUUAGGGAUAGUAAUCGAGACAAUUAUUCCAUAUAUUUUGAUAUUGACUAGUGAUUCACUGUGCAUUCUAUUCCCUCACAGUCGAUGCUUCUGAUUCACUUCAUCUGCACCUUCUUGCUACAAAACAAAAUAAGGCUAUAAGUAGGCCGCCUUCUAUUGCUAUAGGGGUUGUUCGUCAUGAAUGGGCAAUGUAGCAUUAUGGCUUCCUUGCCCUUCUAACUGCUGCAAUUGAAUCCCGGAAUCAGAAGUGGGACCCUUUCUCGAAGGAUAUGGGGGACUGACGGAUAUGCCCGACCUACAGGUAUUUGUCGACUUAGGGCUUUGAAGUAGUUUUUUUCUUCUCUGGCCCUACAUUCGUUAUAGCGGGCACCACUGCAAGAGACCGGUGAAUGGAAGCGAGGGUAAAGAGAAUGAAAGUGAUAUGAAAUGUGUAUGAGGAGAUAAACGAAUAUACUCGAACAAAGUGAGAGGUUAUCAAUAUGCUCGACUGAAAGGAGAGGUUUAAAUCUUGCUGGAUUGUUUAAAGCUACAUGAUCGACUUGUCCUUAAGCGAGCUGAGCUAACCCAGCAUCCCGUGCUUUUAUUUUUUGCUCGACAUCCAUGGGGGAGGAGCUUAAUUUGAAGAUAGAAAGGAUGGAUCGAUGGGGGGGCCCUUGGAUUAAAGGGAGUAGAACGGA